ACCUUCAGGACGGCCCUUGCAGUUGUUUGGCGGUCUUGGCCUCCCUCGAGCCACGUGCCAUGGAUUGCCCGGCUUGUGCAAACUUUUUGGUGGUCGCCUCGCUCUGGAUGCUUCUGCAGUGCGGCUGUGCUAAGGCUGUGAUAGUACCGCCGUGGAUUGACCACAGAGAUAUUUGCCUGCAGCCGCCACCUGAAGAUGACUGUGGAGCCUUAGUUGCCAGGUGGUUCUAUGACAGAUAUACUCAGACUUGUCAGAAGUUUACAUAUGGUGGCUGUGAGGGAAAUGAAAACAACUUUCCAACUUUGCAAGCAUGUUUAGAAAAGUGUGGCAAGAUCAAGAGAGUGCCUGAAAGAUGCAGACUAGAAGUCAGUGAAGGAAUCUGUAGAUCUAUGAUAAAAAGAUACUUCUUCAACCUGACAUCCAUGAGAUGUGAGAAGUUCUACUAUGGGGGAUGUGAAGGAAAUGAAAACCGGUUUCACAGUAAAGUAUCCUGCCUGGACCACUGCCUACCAAUCAGAAGUGGCCCUUCAUUCUGCUAUAGUCCCAAAGAUGAAGGAUUCUGUUCUGCUUCGGUUCCUCGCUUUUACUACAAGGCAACAAUACAAACCUGUUUGCAAUUCAACUAUACAGGAUGUGGUGGCAACAACAACAAUUUUAUUGAUGAGAAAUCCUGUAGGACUGCCUGCAGGAAAGCAAAGACAUGGAGUUUUGUUUUUAAAAAAAAUUCAAUGAAGCCAGGACAUCACCUCUCCAAUAAGAAGAGGAUUGUAAAGAAGAUGCACAGUUUUAAGUAACUGGAAGCUUUUAGGUGCAACCCAUGCAUGCUUACUCAGAAGAAAGUCCUACCAUUCCCAGCAUUUACCAGCCAUAAUUACAUUCAUAAUUUGUUGUUUUCUUGUUAUAUGUAGCUACAAUUGAAUUGUUAUAUAUUAUUACAUUUAUUUCACUGUAUGAAUUUAUUUAUGAAUUUAUUUUACUAUAUGCUUGUUUGAAAUGUGACAAGCCAGUGACUAUGAUCUAUCAAGAUGUAGCUCAGCCUUCUGGAUCAGGUCCCAUGUGCAUACUAGGGUGCUGUGCUGUGAAUGAUAAGCCCAUCAGCAAUGGAAGCUGAAGGUGGUUCCAAUAUCCACUCCAAAGUGUGACCUGAAACUCAAAGGAGCUAUCCAUAGAGCUGAACCUGUUUGUGGUCGUAGGGUUCAGCAAUAUGGAUAGCUCUGUUGAAGUUCAGUCUACACCCCAGGUCAUAUGCACUGCCUCACUGACAUUAGAGCCACCAAUCUCUGCUGUCCAUAACCUGCACCAGUGCUUCUCGUUGUCAUUAAGAAAUCUUGAUCUACAAUAGUGGGUUCAACACACAUAGCAGCACAUGCAUCCCUUCCCUGGGACCAGGACACUUCAUCUUUAUUAUCCUUCACCUCCCACUCUUCAAAUUUAUCAGGAAGGACAGUAGUUCAGUGGUAGAACACAUGCUUAGUUUAUAUGCAGAAGGUCUCAGGUUCAGUCCCUGAUGUGGUGAAAAGAGUCAGAUAGCAGGUGCUUUCAGGCAAAGACUUCUGCUUGACAAGCUGGAAAGCUUCUGCCAGUCAGAGCAGACAAUCCUGAGCAAGACAGCUAUAUUGCCUGUCCUGGUGGUAGCUUUGCAUGGUUUCCUAUGAUGUGUUUCAGUCUGGCAGAGAAGGUAUCGCUGAUGGUUUGCCUAUAAAGCUGGCAUGCAGCAGUAUGUUUCCAGAACUCUGGCUCUCACUUAUCAAAGAUUUUCUCAGGAUUGAAAACUGUUCAUGGAAACUGAACUAGAUUUAUUUAAACUUUCUCUUCCAUGGUGUAUGAGCAUUAUUCAGCUUCUGUGCAGCAAGGGCUUCACUGAUGCAAAUACGAUAUAGGAAAUCUGGCACUUAGUUGAUGUUUUAAAAUUUUGAUAGAUAAUUGUCCAUUUUAUAUGACUAAUUUGCAGUUAGAUCAAAAAAAGUCCAAUUUGUUUUCCUCAGGAAAAUGUUAAAAUAAAAAUCAGCCCUGUGGCUAUAAAAAAUU